AUGAUUCGUUGUCAGUUCAGAUUGAGGGAUGCAAUGCGUCAUGAUCAUAUGCCUAAUGCUAGUGAUGCGUCGAAAUUUCUGAAAGAUUUAACAUUGGGAGCUAGCGCAGCGAUAGUAGCUAAAACAAUUAUAGCUCCUAUCGAGCGAGUUAAAUUAAUCCUACAGCUGCAGAACGCACAAGAAACUAUCGCAGUUGGGAAGCGUUACAAGGGUAUGCUUGAUUGCUUCGUGCGAAUACCGGUUGAGCAAGGUUUUCUAUCCUUUUGGCGUGGAAAUUUGGUCAAUAUUGCUCGAGCUUGUUCACAGGAAUCUCUUGGAUUUGCUUUCAAGGAUUUCUUCAAAAUUUGGUUUCAUAAUGGUGUGAAUAGAAAGGAUUACUGGCGCCUCACAGCAGGUAAUCUUGGGGCUGGUGCUGCGUCUGGUGUUGCAACAUACUGCAUAAUCUAUCCACUAGAUUUCGUAAGAACACGAUUAGCUAUCGAUAUGGGAAAAGGAACAUCUCGAGAAUUCUCAGGUUUUUUUGACUGCAUGUACAAGAUAUUCAAACAUGAUGGCAUACGUGGAUUAUAUUACGGUUUUUGGCCAUCACUUCAGUACAUUUUUCUGUAUCGUGGAGCUUAUUAUGGCCUUUUUGAUACGGCAAAAACACAAUUAACAAAGCAUGGAAAUAACGAUAUCAGCUUCAUUUCUGCUUUUUUGGUGGUAACGUUUACAGCGGCUUUAAUUUCCUACCCAUUGGAUACGAUACGUAGACGUUUUAUGAUGCAGGCUGGUCGUAGGGAUAUACUUUACCGAGGAGUUUGGCAUUGCACGAUAAAAAUAUGGCGUGAGGAAGGCUUAAAGGCUUAUUUCAGCGGUUUAUGGGUAAACACGGUACGUGGUAUUGGUGCUGCUCUCGUUUUGGCUUUUUACAACGAGUUUUCGAAGUAUUUAUAA